GGGCAACGUUACCCACUGGUCGUUGAAAGCAGGUAUUUUGGGAUUUCCAUCUUCCAAUCUACUUUAAGCGCCUUCCUACUUUAAUGAUCGAGUGGCUUCACCUUUUCCGUCCUCCCAAGGGGGCGGACGGAACCCAAUCUUUUUUCAGUGCCUUCCUACUUCAUGUAUUGCACAGUUGGCACAGAUUCCGAUCACAACAAGCACAGCAUGGCCAUGGCGGUUCCCAGCGUAUGGCAAGCUCGGCAUGCCAAGCGGCACGAAGCAGUCGCGCGAGAGGCAAAGAUGGUCAACCAGCGCUUCGACAGGAUCGAGUCGCCAAUGAGUGAGAUUCUGAGCAAUUUUGACAUGCUUGCAAAGAAAAUUGCGGUAUCAUCCGAGAUCGAGGUGCGCACACCAUCAACACAUUCAUAUCUAAGCUUGGAGACAAGGAUGAGCUUCUCCUCUAUCAGGCUCCAGUGGCAGAUUUUCCAACACAUUGAUAUGAUGAUUGACAAGAUCACGCCGAAGACAAUCAAGCGCAACGCAGAGCUUCAGAUGGAGUUCGUUCCCGAUCGGCUCAAUCGCAGCCCGGCGGCAGAAUACGGAAUACCCGACCACACCGAGGAUAUUUAGAAGAUGUUCAACUUCGACACAGCGGGUAUGACGGAGGAGGCGCGUGAGGAUCCAGAGCCGAGCCCGAUUUCCGUGAAGUUCGAGUCCGAGGAGAAGACAGCCAACAAUAUCGGGGAUCUAGAGCCGAGCCCGAUUUCCGUGAAGUUCGAGUCCGAGUAGAACAAGACAGCCAAGAAGAUCGGGACUGCCGAGGACGCCAAGAUAAUUGAGGAGACCCGACAGGCAGGGGAGGAUGAUGACGACACCAUUGAGGAGGCCUCCGGCGACGAGAAGAUGAGCUUGGGCAGUGGCGAUGACCAAGUGGACCCAGCUGACGGCACACCUGAAUGGUUCAAGCAGUAUGCCGAGAAAACGUUAGCACGCUUGGACAAUAUAAUCGACGAGGCUAAGGAGAGGUACCGCCAGUACAACAGCGAGCCGGGAUCGUGACCACAAACUUUCGUGUAAAACUUCAUCUGAGAUUCGGGGCUUAGGCUCCCCCGGCCGCUCCCUCGCGGAGCCGAUGCGCCGGCGUCCGUCCGUCCGUCCUACUUCAUGUUUCCACUUAUUUCUUCCGACCGAUGGGUAUAGGGGGG